ACGGAGUGAAAACAUGGCUGGCGAAGAUAAGGAGAACUGAAAGCUGGAGAGAUGUGGUCGACUGUUCCACGGAGAGGACCUUUCUGGCUCUAAAAGGGUAUAUAGUCUUAAGGAUUAACAAAUUCCAGACGCCGUUGUUGCCUGCAGGCGUGGCCUGUUUCCAAGCUGCUUCACUUAAAGAUGAAUUCCUCCCGCUUUGAUGACCACAGUCACAGGCACAUGUCAACAAAUGACAAACACAAACUACGACAAAAUGAGAAAUAUGAAAAAAACUACAGACAGUGGCAGCAGGCGAAGGCGGAAUCCAAGCAGGAUCAUUAUAAACACCUGAAGCAGAAGGUUGCACUGCAGCAUGACCUCAUUCGUGCCCAAGAUGAGCUUGCUAGUCAGCGAAGAGAGAAGGAACAGCAAACCAUGUCUCAGAAACGAGAAGCUCUAAAGGCGAGCAAACAUGCCAGGGAGGAAACUCUUCUUAAUAUAUGUCGCCAGUCGUUGGAUGAUGAUCGCAGACGUUACAUCGCUGGCCGGCAUUCCCAGGCAAAUAGCAGAGAUCAAAAGGCAAAGUCCAAGUCACCGGAUUCAUCAUCUCCUGUUUCAUGCGCUAACUCCAUAAUGCAGGUCAUGGAGCAGCGACGAUUAGGCAGAAAACCUGAGGAGUCAGUGACCACGUUACCCUAUCAAAGGCACACACUCAGUCCCUGUCUUGGAGAAGAUGAGGAAGAUGAGAAGACUGACCGAGUUGCCCUGGCCAAAGGUCACACUUUACCAUGGCAUCAUGCCCAGCUAUAUCGUUUAUAUGGAGACAAGGCGAACUACUUCCUCUACCCCAAGAUUGAACCAAAGCCCCAGAAACAGCUCCACCCAAAGCUCAGAAACCCUGGAGGUGGAGGAGCCGAGGUUCUGUGGGCAGGUCUUCGGAACGAGUCCAUGUCACGUCUUAGGCGCUAUGACAGAAACGUCUCCAAAGACCUCAAGUCUGCAUUCAGUGCAUUUGUACGCCAGAGUUUGAGCAAAAACAAAACACUUGUGAAGAGGAAUUACUGCCCAACUGAAGACGUUCCAGAUUUACCUCGUCUCUUGGACAAGACCCUUUUGCAUCAGGCCUACUCAUUGAGACAUAAGCUUCAGCUGAUGCACCGGUCAUCUAUGACCAAUGCUGACCGGACUCGAGUAUUGACCUUCAAUAACCCAUUUCCUGACCUCAACAACCUGGAUGGAGAGGACAGCAUUGACCGUUAUCUGCCCUCGUGGAUGGACAGUGACACUAUAAUGUCUGAGCCAGAGUACAAAAGAUGGCUGGCAGGAAGACAACACAAGGUAGAAUCACAAGAUGUGGCUAUUCAUGGUGAACCGUCUGGGAGCCUACUGGAUGAUGAACUGUUCUCUAGCAGGAGCAAGCCUCAGUACUUGGAAUAUCCUAAGUUGAAGUUUCUUAAGUAUGAGAAGGACAGUGAUGUAGUGGCUGAAGCACACAAAUUACGAAAGGACAGAAAAACAGAGAAUGAAGCUCUUAAACCCUCCUGUCCACAUUCUGAAGACACCACACAAAGAACUUCUUCGGGUAAACAGCAAGAUGAUCAUGGUGUGUCAAAUGGUUCUAAGUAUACCAGUUCUUGGGAACCAUUGAGCAUGACUGCCUUGGUGGAGUACACAGAGCUACUUGAGACAGGGGGAAUGGGACCAUUCCAGCAUGGUCAGACCAAAAUGUGGCAGACUCCAGUUACAACAUAAAAAUGCACCAAGCUUGAAGGUCAUUUAUAAUGAAGCUUCCCGUGAAUCUAAUCAAGGUUCAGAGUGAUCAUGUACAUCUUUUUUUCUAUGAACUACACAUGGAUUUUGCAAUUUCAGCUGUAAAAUGAAUUUUAGCUGUACCUUCUUGACAGGAACGUGGACAAACUGUACAGUGCAUUUUAUUGGAGCUACUAGUAUUUUAUGUAAAACACUGCUUAAGGAUAGAAAGACUACACCAGUUGAGGUAUCAGUCUGUUACUUCUAAAGCAUUGCUACAUAGUGGGUACUUUCCUAUCGUUUUAUUUGGACAAAGGUCAAUCUUUGAAGCUUACAAAUGUUAGAACAUUUCCUUAAAUGUAUGUGUGCACCACAUUUAAAUUUUCUCAACUUGUGAAAGAGAUUUUUCGUUUUUAACAUUAAAUUCCAUGUUUAUGUAGCCAGUGUCUCAGAUGAGGAGGUGUACCUAGCAAUCAUAGCAAACUGAUAGAUCCUAUGGUACCAAACGUCUUCAAUUUCAGUUUGGUUCAUAAUGUUUGAAGAAAAAUUAUAUCACCACAGCAACCUGGGGGAGAUGACAAUAAAUACAUGAAAUUACAUCCAAGUCCCCCCAAAUGGUCUUGUAAAACUUAAGCAUUUCACUAAAUUUUGAAAUACUUAUUACAAAUUACAUGUAUGAAUUAUUUGUUUGUAUAUGUUUGUUACAAGUACUAUUAAAAUAUAUUGCUUUUACUAAUAUACUUUUUGAAGAAAACUUAAUCAUAUAGUUCACAAUUUUGUGACAUGAAGUGCUUUUGAAAUUUAAUAAAUUUGUAUUGAGAUAUAUUUGAAUAUACUGGUGUUGAACUUUAGAAGUACAUGUAAUAUUACAUGCCAUUUAUUAACUUGCUGUGAUAAAAAAUGGUUUAUGCAUUUUGGAGUAAAGUAAUAUUUAAUUUCAUUAUAUUACCAUGCUUGUUGUUGUAGGUGAGCCUUCUUGAUUAAAAAAUCAAAGUGUUAAAGGAAACAAUUUAACUUCAGUAUGUGUAAGGAUAUGAUUUAUCCAGACAGAGUUGUAAUGCUUGAAGUAUUUAUGUAUGUUAUAUCAUGGACAAACUACCCUGUGCAUUGCGAUUAGUCUGUGUUUAUCCUGCAUAUGACUAGUCAUGUUGGGUUUUAUUAUCAACUUGCACUGGGUUUAACAGUAUUAUGGAUAAUGCUGAUUGAUGUCACAUUUACAGAACUGUUUGAGCAUUGAGCUUGGUUUAUAUGAAUCAUACUUUGAUGUAAUGGAAUAAUGCUUUACAUUUCAUUGAGAAACAUUUAUUUUCUUUCCAAUAAAAUAAUCAA